AUGUCGGACGAUCUGAGCGCGUUUUUCGCAAAAAAGAAAGACAAGAAAAAGAAGAAUGUCGUCAAGAUGGAGGAUGUAGGACAUAUUCUUGAGCUCAAAGUAAAAAGACAGGAGGAAAAUGACCAGUUACAAAUGGAAAGUGAUAUGCGCAACGUUGAUGAUGGUGAGUACCAAGUACGAGCACGUGGUAACGGCAGUAUUCCCGGGCAAACUAGUGGUGAAGAGAGCGAGUGGAUUGAUUACACGGACACCAAUCAGGGACGGUUGGAAGGACUGAAAAUCAAGGAUAUGGGUGCAGAAAGUGGAGAUGUCGCUGAAGAAGAUCAUGCAGAUGAUGAGGACCUCAAAGUCCACACAGAAUCGAUCAGAACAUGGGGCCAAGUUGAGAAAAAAGACGAGGAUGAUGAUCAUCAGAAUGAUGACCAUUUUGCGACAUUCAAGACUAAAUCCACUUAUGUCAUACCUGCUCAAAGGACAUUGGGGAUGCGUACCAAUGCCCAGAAGGUGGACAUAUCGAACAGUGAAAUGUUCCCCUCACUUGCUGACGCCAGCAAAAUCGAGAAGGAUAAGAAAGAAGAGGCUAAGGGAUCUGGAGGAUGGGUGAAAAGUGGCAGCAGCGCCAGCUCAGCUUCAGAAAAUCGUCCGCUUUCCAAUGCGAACCGGUGGAAUAUGUCUUCAGGUCCUCCUCCAAAUGCUUCACGUGAAAGAGAAAAUGCUAUCAAGGCAGCCGCCGCUAACAGCGCUCAGAAUCCAGCUCCUGCCCGCGAAAAAGAACCGGAAGCAGCCCCCAAACCCGGCAAAUAUGUACCACCAUCGUUGAGAAAUAGAAAUUAA